GAUUAUUUGAAUAUUUAGCUCAUGUUAAUUGCGGUGACUUCAGUAAACCUUCUAGUUGUCCUGUAGAAUGAUAGGCACCUGGCUCUGGCCUAGUACAGUAUCUCAAAUAAAGUUAGCCAUGUUAUAUUAUACUUGCUUUGAGUAUUGUCUUGUUUGCCCCAUGUCAACACGCCUCUGCUUUGCUACGAUUAAUAAACACAGGCACACAACUCAGUCAAAAAAUGUUAAAAUUUUCUGCUCUGCUGUGAGGUAAACCAACCUGUAAACUUACUCUUUUCUGAUGUGAUUUUCAAUUUUUUUGCGACCCGUUAGCAAUUUUUUAAUAGCCAAAAUAACAGGUGCAAAAAUGAUGUAAGUUUAUUUUAAGUUUUUGUAAAGGAAAUACUUACUUGGAUAUUGUCUAACUGAUGUUAAAAUGUUAUUUUUGUCUCAAUCUUUGUCCCCUAGACAUUUUUGUAAAGAUUAAAAUGCAAAUUAUAUACAAUUAAAUUGUUUUUAUAAAAAAAAUCUUUCCAAAUGUAAGUCCUUUAAAGGGACUGUAUGGUGAAAAAUAUAUAUACCUUAUAUCAAAUUAUUAAAGAAAAUCCCCUUCAUUCACUUUGUAUUUUAUUAUUAUAAAAGUAUAACCUUUUUUCUUUAUUUACUUUCUUUGUGAAACAUGACCUUCGCUCACCAUCAUGGAGGGUAUAAGUCUGCAUUGAAAGUCAGGCUGGAUAAAUAUGUUUGCGUAUGACAUAGUGCAAUUCAGAAACAAAUCAUUAACAAACUCAUUGUAUGGAAUGUGAGGCACUUCCGGAAAGACUGGCUAGUAAAAAAAGCUUGGAUUGCUGCAAUAGGGACUAAAGAUCUUCUCAUUCAAAUUUUUGUUUGCUUGGAUCAUUUUGACGAAAGCUGUUAUGAUCCAAGUUGGGACUGUCAGGUCAAAGAGUUUUAAAAUGAUCGUCCUUGUAAACGAAGACUUUUGCCAAAAUCCAUACCCACUAUAUUCGCUCAAAAGCGUCCUUCUAAGGAACGCGCAACUUCAAAAUCGAGAGCUGAAAAAAAAAACAAUCAAAAGAGUGGAAGCAGCGUUGCCUGAGGAGCUUCCGUAAUCCUCCUCUGAGUCUUUCGACAAACUCACUGCGUCAUAUCCAGACUGUGAAUUUGAAGUUGUAAGAAACUUGUCAAUUGGUAUACAAGCUGUACCUAAAACAUAUACAAGGUCGACAAAGUAUAAGAAUGCAACUUUUAGGAAUGUAUCGACACAAACACCUAGCUGUAUAGCAGAUGCACAAACACAAAAGUGGUCACUGUUCCAAUAGCAAUUGAUGCUUCCCGCCAAACAGAGUUUGAAAUUUGUUUGGACGAUGAUUCUGAUUGUAUGAAUGAAUCAGUGGAUACCGAUUUGGAUGAUGAGCUAAUUGGAGACAUAGCACCUGCAGUUUUAAAUAGUACAUUUAACAUGUUACAUAAAGGUGACAUUGGCAAUACACUCGAGUUACUUGGGCUACCUAACUUAGUCGACACAAAUACAUCAGAAGUUCAAAAUGCAGGUGUAAACAAGGAGCCUGAUGUAGAAGAAGAUUGUAUUUCGGAUGGUGACAAUGAAAGUGAUGAUGAAUGCCUCGCAAAAUCUGUGGAGAGAACUGAAAAAAGCGACCCUAACUACUCUCUCACACGAUAUAGAAAAAGAAGAAGAAGCGGAGGAAGAUGAAUUAGAGAGUAUUGAAAACAAACAUGUCCAUCCUUCUAAACAAAAAACAUAACUUGUAUAUGAGUCAUGUAUUAAAGAAUUGCUACGAUAUUGUUUCAAGUGUGGUUUAGUUUGUUGAUCAGCAAAACGUCAGCAUAAUUCAAAACAUUUGAAGUCAAUUAAGUUACGACAUGACAUGUUUAAAGGGUAAGACAAAUUGUAUAAUUAAAUCAUUCAACCUCGUUCCCAGGACGUUUUCAUACACCUAUUGCAAACAAAUACAAAUAACUAGUAGCACUCCAUCUUUAGGUUGUCAUUACGUUUGGUCAAAUCAACCAAAAGUUAGUCAUACGAAAGGUCUGGUAAUCUUCAUUUAACUGCAGUAAUCGAAUUAGCUGGUAUUAAUAAGAUGCUGAAAUUUUGUAAUAUUUUGAAGAAAGUAUUCCAAAAAGCGUCCUU